AUGGGAAUGAGUAGGUGUACAAAGACAACUGUGGCUGCAAAGGAUUUCUAUUCUAAAGCGCUUGCAAGACACACCACAAUGUCUAAUUUUCAGAAAAUUUCUCUUCUAUUUAUGGUGUUGUUUCUCCAAGGGAAGCCUGUGAUAAGCAAGAAUCGGUGCAGGGACAAGUGUGGAGACAUCCAUAUUCUAUUUCCAUUUUACCUCAAAAAUAACAAACUGAAUAACACCAUGUAUCCCCCUGGAUUCGAUUUGUUUUGCAACGAACGAGGUGAGACUGUGUUAGAGUUGCCUGCAGUUUCAAUUAAAUUAUUUGUCGAAAGAAUAGAUUACAAGUCACAGCAAAUCCAAAUCUACGACCCAGAAAAUUGCCUUGCCAAGGUGCUCUCACAACUCGGCAAUUCAUCUGUUUAUCCAUUCAAAUUCAAACCACUUUAUGGAGACGUACAAAAGUCAAACGCUUCCGUCUUCCUUUGCAAUUCAACGUCGUGCCCUAUUGUGAAACCAUCUUACAGGUUCUUGAUUAAUCCCGACAUUAUAUCAUGCACCAAGGUGAAAGAUAUUUUGUCUGUUGAGUGGUUCUAUCAGGAGGAUCUUCGUGGAUAUUAUGAUGAGUUUAUCUCGAUUAUGGAAUGGUCCAAACCCAACUGUAGUCAUUGUGAAGCACAAGGGCAGAUGUGCAAAUGGAAGAACGGUACCCUAGGGAUAAUAGUUGGUUUGAUACUUUUGCUGCUACUGGUGAAGGCAUCGUUUCAUGUGUUUGACUAUUAUGAGAAGAAAGGAGAAGACCAGGCUCGAAUAGAGAAAUUCUUGGAGGAUUACAGGGCAAUGAAGCCUACCAGAUUCACCUACGCUGACAUUAAGAGAAUCACAAAUGGGUUUAGUGAAAGUCUAGGAGAAGGAGCUCAUGGAGCCGUGUUCAAAGGAAUGCUCUCCCGAGAAAUUCUCGUUGCUGUGAAGAAACUCAACGACACAUUGGGAGAUGGGAAGGAUUUCAUAAACGAAGUGGGAACCAUGGGCAAAAUUCAUCACGUCAACAUUGUUCGCUUGCUUGGAUUCUGUGCGGAUGAGUUCCACCGUGCUCUUGUCUACGAUUUCUUUCCAAACGGGUCAUUGCAGAGAUUCCUGGCUCCACCGGACAACAAGGAUGUUUUCCUUGGUUGGGAGAAGUUGCAACAAAUUGCUCUUGGUGUUGCCAGAGGAAUUGAGUAUCUCCACCUUGGCUGUGAUCAUAGAAUACUUCACUUUGACAUCAACCCUCACAAUGUUUUGCUAGAUGACAACUUCGUCCCAAAAAUCACUGAUUUUGGACUUUCCAAGUUGUGUCCCAAAAAUCAGAGCAUAGUGUCUAUGACUGCAGCCAGGGGAACCUUGGGCUACAUUGCCCCGGAAGUUUUCUCAAGAAAAUUUGGGAAUGUGUCUUACAAGUCUGACAUCUAUAGUUAUGGAAUGUUGCUGCUGGAAAUGGUUGGAGGAAGAAAGAAUAUGUGUCGGUUGAGGACAGUUUCCAAGUUUUGUACCCAGAGUGGAUCCAUAAUUUGUUGGAAGGCAGAGACAUGCACAUUAACAUUGAGGAUGAGGAAGAUGUUAAAAUUGCGAAGAAACUUGCCACUGUAG